AGAAAACAUUAUUAUUAGCCUGCGCACAUAAAAUUAUUAUUUUGCAAAGUGUAAAGUGAAGACUUCGACUUAGUGAAUUUUUGAUUCAUCUCAUACAUCAGGGAACGGUUUGAUCCGAUAUACCUCGAAUGGAAUUUCCCCCGUGCCGUUACGUAGAAUGUCCGACGAAAUAAGUUAUGGCGAAGAAAGCACUUCCCUAAAAUCAACACCUGCCUGCAGUGACAGGAGCAACAACCGGAGAAAGCUCAAGCCGAGCAACUGUAAGGUGCAUUUGGACGAUAAAACCGAACGUAUUGGUAAUUCGUCCAAUCCGGGAUCAGGACGGAAGUUUAGCGAUCGACACGUUCUGAAGAAGCGUGUUCUACCUAAAUAUUACACUAGAGAGAACGACAUCUACGUAACCUACAAGUCGGAUUUUACGUUUCAAUUCAAAAAGAGCUUAGAAAUAUUGAAUUCCCCCAUCGGGGAAGUUUUUCUUCACUGCACGGGAAGGGCCAUCAAUCGAGGGAUUAAUUUGGCUUUGAAAAUCAAGGCAGAAUAUCCUGACGCCUUCAACUACGAGGUGAACACUUCAACGAUCACAGUAACUGACGAUUUACACCCGCUGAGGGACGACGAUGAUUUUAGUGAACAACGUCGAAUGAAUUCUUGUUUACACAUACGUCUGUAUCGAACUGUGAGACAAAAACAAUCAAAUUCCUCUGCGUAACAACCUUUGUCUCUCUGGAGUCAGCUCUAAUUUAUCACCGACAAAACAAAGCUAGCCAUCAUUGCGCUCAAUCAGCAGAUUGAUUUAGCGGCCUUCCUCAGUCCCGCCACCAUUGCGAAAAUAGCACCCU